AUGAUUAAAAAACGGAAAGUGGAGAAGCGUUCACUAGAAUCUAGUACUAUAGUGGGGAUUGUUGAAGCAAGGAAGCCAACUACACGUCAGACACUGAUUGUAACAAUUAUAUUGUGCAGUUUAACUGUUAUUCUACUUACGGUUGGAAUAAGCUUAAAGUUGGCCUAUGGACCAUCAUUAUAUUAUCAUGAUGAACAUUU